AUCUUUCCUAUCAAAUAAAGACACAGAGUGGAAAAUGUCAGAAAAUAUUUAUGUUUUAGAAAAACAAGCUUUUUAAAAAAUUAUUGUCUUGAAUACUACGCCUGAUAUGAAAUAUCAUCGGUUGGCUCGGGUACCACACGCCUUGGUACAAGUUAUCAUUUGGUUGGCUUGUGUCCAUUAUUGACCAAUUUCUCCUUUGUUAUAAAUAUAUCCAUAAUCAUUAACAAGAAAGCUUACACCAAUGGAAAAUAAAGUUGUUGUAGAGAAAGAAGUAGACAUGAUCCCUCUAAUGACUCCUUAUAAAAUGGGAAACUUUGAGUUAUCUCAUAGAGUUGUAUUGGCACCAUUAACAAGGCAAAGAUCUUAUGGUAAUAUUCCUCAACCACAUGCUAUACUUUAUUACUCACAAAGAAGUACAAAAGGUGGUCUUUUAAUAAGAGAGGCCACAGUUAUUUCUGAAACUGGCAUAGGGUAUAAAGAUGUACCUGGUAUAUGGACAAAAGAGCAAGUGAAGGCUUGGAAACCAAUUGUUGAUGCAGUUCAUGCUAAAGGAGGAAUCUUCUUUUGUCAAAUUUGGCAUGUUGGUAGAGUUUCCAACAAAGAUUUUCAGCCCAAUGGACAGGAUCCUGUCUCUUGCACAAACAAGUUACUAAUACCUCAAAUUCCUUAUGAUGGCCUAGAUGAACACUUUACACCACCACGACGGUUAACAACAGAUGAAAUUCCUCAAAUUGUGAACGAAUUUCGACUUGCUGCUAGAAAUGAAAUUGAAGCUGGAUUUGAUGGGGUUGAGAUCCACGGUGCUCACGGCUAUCUCAUCGAUCAGUUUAUGAAAGAUCAAGUUAAUGAUCGAAGUGAUAAAUAUGGAGGGUCUUUAGAGAAUCGUUGUAGAUUUGCACUAGAAAUAGUUGAAGCAGUUGCAAAUGAGAUAGGAUCUGACCGAGUUGGUAUAAGGAUUUCCCCAUUUGCAAAUUAUAAUGAAUCAGGAGACACCAACCCCAGUGCUUUGGGACUUUACAUGGUGGAAUCGUUGAACAAGUAUGACAUCGCGUAUUGCCACAUAGUUGAGCCUAUGAUGAAAUCAAUUGAAUGUGAUGAAAGCCUUGUACCUUUGAGGAAGGCAUUUAAAGGUACUUUUAUAGUAGCUGGUGGUUACGAUAGAGAAGAUGGAAACAGAGUUGUGGUUGAAGAUGGAGCUGAUCUUGUUGCGUAUGGACGUUUAUUCAUAUCUAAUCCAGAUUUACCAAAGCGAUUUGAGCUAAAUGCUCCUCUUAACAAGUAUAAUAGAGAGACAUUUUAUACGUCAGAUCCUGUUGUUGGCUAUACUGAUUAUCCAAUUCUAGAAACCAUGACACGAUUGGAUUCCUUGGUAACUAAUGAUCAGAAACUACAUUGUAAUGAAUCUAUCAAGUUUUAUUGAAGAAAUAUAAUUUCAGUUUCUUUU